AUAUGUUUUACACAAAGGACAAAGGUCAACAAGUAAGACCAUUGUACGUAGUGGAGUGAGCGUUCUUCCAAUCUUUCAUCAGUCAGCAACAGCCAACACCCAGCAGCGCAUGCCUGUCAGCCAGCAGGUGCCAGGACGCCCCCAGGGAGGACAACUCAGUGUGCCGGCAGCCUCAAACCGCCAGGCAGGCUACGAGGAAUACAGUGCUGGUCACAUGAUGAAGCAGCAUCAAGGACAAAAUCCAGGAAUGCCGCAGGGACAGGAUACAUUGACUGCCACCAUGUUGGCUACAUUUCCACCACAGGAGCAGAAACAGAUGUUGGGAGAACGCUUAUUCCCUCUCAUCUCCGGUAUGUUCCCAGACAUGGCGGGAAAGAUCACUGGCAUGUUGCUGGAAAUCGACAACUCCGAGCUGCUGCACAUGCUGAAAUUUCAAGAGUCGCUAAAGGCUAAGGUUGAGGAAGCUUUUGAUUUGUUACAAGCCCACCGAGCAAAGGAGGAAAAUGAUGACUCAGAGGGGAAACAUUUAUUAACAACUUGAGAUGCUCUUAGUAACCAUUAACCUGGACGAAUUUUGCUAGUAAAAAAAAUUCAUGAAAUUGUUUCAUUUGUGGAUUUUAAUAUUUUGCUUUUUACAUUUAUUCUUUAUCAUGUUGAUGCAAUACCUUAAAAUACUGAUUGAAGCUAAAAU